UGGCAGCUACUAACUGCUGAUGUAGUAGACUAUAAUAUAAUGUGAAAUAUUAUUAUUGAACGGAACUCGCAGAAACGUUGCCCUUGUUUAAUCACUGCCGCGUUAUCACAUUCCAAAACGACCGAACGAGUAAAACUGUUCUAACUAAAUUGUUAACUGUCCGUGUUCGUGCUUCAUGUGACCGCGAAUUAAUUAAUAAAAAAAAAAAAAAAAUUAAUAAAGGGGGGAACAUUGGUAAUGAGGGAAAGAGAUAGACCGAUUUUGUAAUAAGUUACAUCGACACACACACACAUACACAAAGUAGGUAGUAACAUUAUACAUAUUUUUAUUGCCUACUACGGUACAUUACUCAAUCAAAUCGUACAGGAACCGGUUGUACUCGUCUCUUGUGAAACAUAAUAAACCCGAGUUGUAACAUGUUCACAGGCGUUUGCAAUGCAAUUCAAUAGAACACACGAUUCGAAGACAGUUUGAAAUUUGUUUUUAAUCUAAAUAACUCCUUGUUACCGGUAAAUUCAAAAUGAGUGAUUCCGUACAGAUCCCGUCAGCCGUCAAGUUUGUUAACGGCGGUGUAGCGGCAAUCGUGGCCACAGUCAUUGUCCAUCCGUUGGACGUGCUCAAGAACCGUAUGCAAUUGGCGGGACGCGAUGUCGCAGCUAGCGAAGCACAAAAGUCAAUGGGAUACAUCACUCGGUCAAUGAUCAAAGAGAAAGGGGUUUCAGCAUUCUACCCUGGACUAUCGGCCGGUAUUCUCAGACAGGCUACGUAUUCGACUACUCGAUUAGGAUUGUACAAUACGCUGUUCACUUAUACUUCUGGGGAAGAUAAUAAACCGCCAGGUCUGCUGGUCAAACUUGGCAUAGCCAUGAUAUCCGGAGUGACGGGUGCUGCCGUUGGAACACCUGCCGAAGUGGCUUUGAUUCGAAUGACUUCCGAUGCCCAGUUACCGGUAGCCGACAGACGUGGUUACACUAGCGUUUUCAAUGCUUUGGCCAGGAUCGCUCGCGAAGAAGGCAUUGCUACUUGGUGGCGAGGAUGUAUCGCUACUAUGGGACGAGCGGCUGUUGUCAAUAUGGCUCAGCUAGCAUCAUAUUCUCAAGCCAAAGAACUGUAUUUAAACAGCGGUUAUUUCAAAGAUAAUAUUGUGCUGCAUUUUGCAUCUUCAAUGACAUCGGGCGCCAUUACAACAGUUGCGUCCCUUCCGGUUGAUAUUGCAAAAACUAGAAUACAGAGCAUGAAAAUCAUUAACGGAGUACCCGAGUAUUCGGGUACAAUAAACGCGAUGGCCAUGGUGGUGAAAAAUGAAGGAUUUUUCAAUCUUUGGAAAGGAAUCGUACCAUAUUUCGCUCGCAUUGGUCCACAUACCGUUUUGACUUUUAUCUUUUUGGAACAAAUCAACCAAGCUUACAAGACGGCUGUUUAUGAGCGAAAACUUAUAUAAUAAUUUUAGUAAUAUAAAUAAUCCCUAGUGUGGUCAUAAUAAUUUAAGAUACUUGUGAAAAAGUACUCGAUGUACUCCUUAUUUCGGCUUUCACUCGUUUCCAAAAAAACUUGUAUUUAUUAAUUUAUUGUUUGUUGGAUUUUAGAUGUAUGUUAAUAUUAUUUAUUUUCUCUUGUUAA